CAGUGAUCCGAGCAGCCACCCACAGAGCAGCGGCAGCGUGAGGAGCAUAUCAGGUGCGCGCGCGAGUGGUUGAGAUUCGUGCUAUGGGCGGAUUCUCUGCGGCUUCAGCGGCGGAGCGGUGCGCCGUCGGGAUCCACGCGUCCCCGUCCUCGCCGGCGCCGCGCCCGCGCUCGCGGCAGCUGCAGCAGCAGCCGGCGCCGCCCGUCCGCCGCCGCCUCGCCGCUGCCCCGCUCGCGGUCUCCCGCCGCAGCCUCCUCGUGCCCCGCGCCGUCGCCGCCCCCACCGACCGCGCCACCCCGGAGGUCGUCGGGAGGUUCAACCUGGAGUCCAACUCCGAGCUCCAGGUAACGGUGAACACGGCGCCACAGGGCGCCAUCGCCGAGAUCAAUUUCGAGGCCACCAACACCAGCGGCUCCCUGGUCCUGCAUUGGGGCGCCCUUCGCCCAGACAGGGGAGAAUGGCUCCUCCCGUCCCGAAGACCGGACGGAACCACAACCUUCAAGAACCAGGCCCUCAGGACACCUUUUGCAAAGGUAUUUCUUGCUUGCACGAAUGCUUUAUGUGUUACGACAAAAUAUUUAUGCUUGAUGGUCUGUAUCCUGUCGGUAACCAUGCAGUCAGACGACAACUCCACCCUGAGGGUCGAGAUAGAUGACCCCGCGGUUCAAGCCAUCGAGUUCCUUUUAUUCGACGAGGCACAGAAUAAAUGGUUCAAAAACAAUGGCAAGAAUUUCCUAAUCCAGCUCCCGACAAGCCGCAAUCAGGGGCAAGGUGCAUCCGGUGCUACUGUGGUGCCAGAGGAUCUUGUGCAGAUCCAGUCAUACCUUCGUUGGGAAAGAAAUGGGAAGCAGUCAUAUACACCUGAUCAAGAGAAGGUGGAGUAUGAAGCAGCACGAGCAGAGUUAACAGAUGAAUUAAACAGAGGUGUUCCAUUGGAGAAGCUGCGAGCUAGAUUAACUAAAACACCCGAGUCAACUGAAAGGGAUGCUACCGCAUCAGACGCUACCCCAACUAAGGAGCGUGAAAAGAAAGUUUCCAAGCAAGAGAAGAAGAAGAAGAAGUACUCGGUAGAAAGGAUUCAGCGCAAAAACAGAGAUAUCACACAACUUCUCAAUAAACAUAAGCCUGGAGUCACAAAAGAGCAAGUGCAAGCUGCACCCAAACAACCAACUGUCUUGGAUCUCUUCACAAAGUCCUUACAGGAGGGGGAUGACUGCGACGUCCUAAGCAGAAAGCUUUUCAAGAUCGGUGAUAAGGAGAUACUGGCAAUUGCCACAAAGGCUCUAGGUAAGACCAGAGUUCAUUUGGCAACAAACGAUGUGGAGCCACUUAUUCUUCACUGGGCACUGGCAAAAAAGGCUGGAGAGUGGGCGGCACCUCCUUCAAGCAUAGCGCCUUCUGGCUCAACAUUGCUUGACAAGGCAUGUGAAACUUCAUUCGUUGAGUCUGAAUUGGAUGGUUUGCAAUACCAGGUUGUUGAGAUAGAGCUUGAUGACGAUGGAUACAAGGGGAUGCCCUUCGUUCUCCGACGUGGUGAAACAUGGAUAAAAAAUAAUGACUCUGAUUUUUAUUUGGAUUUUAAGACUAAAGUUAUCAAGAAGGCAAAGGCAAUUGAUACGGGUGAUGCUGGUAAAGGCACUGCAAAGGCUUUCCUGGAAAGAAUAGCAGAUCUGGAGGAAGAUGCCCAGCGAUCUUUUAUGCACAGAUUUAAUAUUGCAGCAGAUCUAGUUGACCAAGCCAGAGAUGCUGGACUAUUGGGUAUUGUUGGACUUUUUGUUUGGAUUAGAUUCAUGUCUACCAGGCAAUUAAUAUGGAACAAGAACUACAAUGUGAAACCACGUGAGAUAAGCAAAGCACAAGACAGGUUUACAGAUGACCUUGAGAAUAUGUAUAAAAGUUACCCACAGUACAGAGAGAUCUUAAGAAUGAUAUUGUCUGCUGUUGGUCGUGGGGGUGAAGGUGAUGUUGGUCAGCGUAUCCGUGACGAAAUAUUAGUAAUCCAGAGAAAUAAUGACUGCAAAGGUGGGAUGAUGGAAGAAUGGCACCAGAAACUGCACAAUAAUACAAGCCCAGAUGAUGUAGUUAUAUGUCAGGCAAUAAUUGAUUAUAUCAAGAGUGAUUUUGAUAUCAGUGUUUACUGGGACACGUUGAACAAAAAUGGCAUAAAUAAAGAACGUCUGCUGAGCUAUGAUCGUGCAAUUCAUUCAGAACCAAAAUUCAGGAGUGACCAGAAAGAGGGUUUACUCCGUGAUCUGGGCAACUAUAUGAGAAGCCUGAAGGCUGUGCACUCUGGUGCUGAUCUUGAGUCUGCUAUAGCAACCUGUAUGGGAUACAAAUCAGAGGGUGAAGGUUUCAUGGUUGGUGUUCAAAUUAACCCAGUGAAGGGUUUAUCAUCUGGAUUUCCUGAAUUGCUUCAGUUUGUGCUUGACCAUGUUGAGGAUAAAUCAGCAGAGCCACUUCUUGAGGGGCUAUUGGAGGCUCGAGCUGAACUACGCCCUUUGCUCAUUGAAUCAUCUGAACGCUUGAAGGAUCUUAUCUUUUUGGACAUUGCUCUUGAUUCUACUUUCAGGACAGCAGUUGAAAGGUCGUAUGAGGAGCUUAACGAUGCAGCACCAGAGAAAAUUAUGUACUUCAUCGGUCUUGUUCUUGAAAAUCUUGCCUUGUCCACUGAUGACAACGAAGACAUCUUAUAUUGCUUAAAGGGAUGGAAUCAAGCCAUGGAAAUGGUUAAGAGAAAAGAUGACCAAUGGGCUCUCUACGCUAAAGCAUGUCUUGACAGAACCAGACUUGCCCUUGCGAGCAAGGGCGAACAAUACUAUAAUAUGAUGCAACCGUCGGCUGAAUAUCUUGGCUCAUUACUGAAUGUUGACGAAUGGGCAGUUGACAUCUUCACAGAAGAAAUAAUUCGUGGUGGGUCAGCUGCUACUUUGUCUGCUCUUCUGAACCGAUUUGACCCUGUUCUCAGGAAUGUCGCACACCUUGGAAGUUGGCAGGUUAUAAGCCCAGUCGAAGUAACAGGUUAUGUUGUAGUGGUUGAUAAGUUGCUUUCUGUUCAAAACAAAUCUUACGACAAACCAACCAUCCUUGUGGCAAAGAGUGUCAAGGGAGAGGAGGAAAUACCUGAUGGUGUUGUUGGUGUGAUAACACCUGAUAUGCCAGAUGUUCUGUCCCAUGUGUCAGUUCGAGCAAGGAAUUGCAAGGUGUUGUUCGCGACAUGCUUUGACCCGAACACCCUGUCUGAACUUCAAGGACAUGAAGGGAAGGUGUUUUCAUUCAAAACUACUUCUGCAGAUGUCACAUAUAGGGAGAUUACGGAGAGUGAACUCAUGCAAUCAAGUUCUCCAAAUGCACAAGUUGGUGAAGCAAUACCAUCUUUGUCAUUAGUCAAGAAGAAGUUCCUUGGGAAAUAUGCAAUAUCAGCGGAAGAUUUCACUGACGAAAUGGUUGGAGCAAAGUCCCGCAACAUAGCAUACCUGAAAGGAAAAGUACCUUCAUGGGUUGGUAUCCCAACGUCAGUUGCGAUACCAUUUGGGACCUUCGAGAAGGUCUUGUCAGAUGAUACCAAUAAGGAAGUAGCACAAAACAUACAGAUGCUGAAGGGUAGACUUGAUCAAGAUGAUUUUAGUGCUCUCGGAGAAAUGCGGAAAACUGUUCUUGAUUUAACUGCUCCAGCUCAACUGGUUACAGAGCUGAAGGAGAAGAUGCUAAGUUCUGGAAUGCCCUGGCCUGGGGAUGAAAGUGACCAGCGCUGGGAGCAAGCAUGGAUGGCAAUUAAAAAGGUCUGGGCAUCAAAAUGGAACGAAAGAGCAUAUUUUAGCACACGCAAGGUGAAGCUCGAUCAUGGCUACCUUUCCAUGGCUGUUCUUGUACAAGAAAUUGUCAACGCAGACUAUGCCUUCGUCAUUCAUACUACGAACCCGUCAUCUGGAGAUUCUUCUGAGAUAUACGCUGAAGUGGUGAAAGGACUUGGAGAGACACUUGUGGGAGCCUAUCCUGGCCGAGCCAUGAGCUUCGUGUGUAAGAAAGAUGACCUUGACUCUCCCAAGGUACUGGGUUACCCAAGUAAGCCAAUUGGUCUCUUCGUAAAGCGAUCAAUCAUCUUCCGUUCAGAUUCUAAUGGUGAGGAUCUGGAAGGUUAUGCUGGAGCAGGACUGUAUGAUAGUGUCCCUAUGGAUGAGGAAGAUCAAGUUGUGCUUGACUACACGACCGACGCUCUCAUCACAGACUCUGGAUUCCGAAGCUCAAUUCUCUCAAGCAUCGCACGGGCUGGCCAUGCCAUUGAGGAGCUCUACGGGUCACCACAGGACGUUGAGGGAGUAGUGAAGGAUGGGAAGAUCUACGUAGUCCAGACUAGACCACAGAUGUAAUACGUACCUAUAGGCAGCUCAAGUUGUAGAGUAGUGGGAUAUAUGAGCCUUUAUGGCAUGCAUAGUUGUACAACACAUCAUACAUAUAUGCUCAGAAUAAGGUUUAACCAUAUACUGUAUUUUCUGGAGCUUGUAUUUGCACCAAUAAAGUGUAUGUAUCAUGAGGAAUAUGAACCUACUAAAAAAUUCAGAGGAAACAUUUUUGAGCAAUAAAUAUUUAUACACGCAA